UUACGUACAUAAUGUCAAUGAUAUACGUACGCAUAUACAAAUAGUACUAUGCCAUAUGGAUCACGCAUGCGUGCGUGCGUGUAUGUAUAUACAAACAACAUCACAUGUAAUAUAUAUGUAUAUGUAUUGUCUAUGUGUUAUGUGUAUGUGUAUAAAUAUAAAAGCAUCGCCACGCUUCAAGUUUGUCUCUCUUUAUAUAUUAAACUGAGUUUUCCUCUCAAACUUUACCUUUUUUUUUUUCUCUAUCUCUUCCUCAGCCUCUCUUGAUCUCUCUCAAGAACCCUAAUUAAAAUUUAAUCGAUCAAUGGCGAUUUUACCGGAGAACUCUUCUAACUUGGAUCUUACUAUCUCCGUUCCUGGCUUCUCUUCCUCCCCUCCCUCCGUUUCAGAUGAAGGAAGUGGCGGAGGGAGAGAACAGCUAAAGCUAGACAUGAAUCGAUUGCCGUCGUCUGAAGACGGAGACGAUGAAGAAUUCAGUCACGAUGGCUCUGCUCCUCCUCGAAAGAAACUCCGCCUAACCAGAGAACAGUCUCGUCUUCUUGAAGAUAGCUUCAGACAGAAUCAUACCCUUAAUCCCAAACAAAAGGAAGCACUUGCUAAGCAUUUGAUGCUACGGCCAAGACAAAUUGAAGUUUGGUUUCAAAACCGUAGAGCAAGGAGCAAAUUAAAGCAAACCGAGAUGGAAUGCGAGUAUCUUAAAAGGUGGUUUGGUUCACUAACGGAGCAAAACCACAGGCUCCAUAGAGAAGUAGAAGAGCUUAGAGCCAUGAAGGUAGGCCCACCCACGGUGAACUCCGCCUCCAGCCUCACUAUGUGCCCUCGCUGCGAGCGAGUCACCACUCCAGCGAGUCACCACUCCAGGAAAAAGUUUCCGCCGCAAGAGCGUGAGGAUUGAUAUAUGUAUCUUUCAUUAUUGGAGUAUGGUUUAGGAGUCGACGAAAGUCACCCAUUCAGCCCAAAAAGAUUUGAUGAUCACAUAAUUUCGUGUAUAUAUAGUACUUAGAGAUUUUGUGCUGCACAACAACUCUUUGUAAAAAUAUUAUUAUUUUAAAAUAAAAAUAAAAAUCCAAUAUCCUUAA